UGCUCCAGUUUUAAGACGCUCCGUUUGGCACCAGACGCAUCUAUCACCAGACUCCUACUGGGAGCCAGGAGCUGCCAAAAUCAUGCCGGCCGGGUUUCAGCAGCUUGGAGUGGAGACAGUGACUGGAACCCUCGCUCUGUCAGUCUUCACGGCUGUCCUUGGAUCUUUGGAGUUUGGAUAUAACAUCGGUGUCAUCAAUGCGCCACAGAAGAUCAUUGAGGGGGACUACAAUGCAACAUGGAUGUACCGGUACGGGGAGCCCAUCCCCACGGGGACCCUCACCUCGCUCUGGUCGCUAUCCGUUGCCAUCUUCUCCAUCGGCGGCAUGCUCUCCUCCUUCUGCGUGGGCUUUGUUUCUGAAUGGCUGGGCAGGAGGAAAGCCAUGCUUAUAAACAACUUAUUUGCCUUUAUUGGAGGAAGUCUGAUGGGAAUGUCCAAGCUCUGCCGCUCCUUUGAAAUGAUGAUCCUUGGACGUUUUAUCAUCGGUGCCUACUGUGGAUUGGCAUCUGGCUUGACACCAAUGUACGUGGGUGAGAUAGCACCUACGAGUCUCAGAGGAGCUUUGGGGACGCUGCACCAACUGGCUAUUGUCACUGGCAUUCUCUUCGCACAGGUCCUCGGCUUGGAGUCGCUACUCGGCAGUGAGCACUUAUGGCCUGUUCUGCUGGGAUUAACUGUUGUGCCGACUGUACUUCAAAUGGCUCUGCUGCCCUUCUGCCCCGAGAGCCCCCGAUUCCUCUACAUCGUCCGGUGUCAGGAGCACCACGCCAAGAGUGGCCUGAGGAGGCUAACGGGCAGACAGGAGGUGGGUGACAUGCUGGCGGAGAUGAAGGAGGAGAAGAGGAGGAUGGACAUGGAGAGGAAGGUGUCCAUACCCGAACUCUUUCGCUCUUCGCUUUACCGCCAGCCCAUCAUCAUCGCCAUCCUCCUGCAGCUCUCCCAGCAACUGUCGGGGAUUAAUGCAAUCUUCUACUAUUCCACCAGUAUCUUCAUGAAAGCAGGAGUCCAGAGUCCAGUUUAUGCCACCAUAGGAGCCGGGGUGGUGAACUGUGCCUUCACGAUAGUCUCGCUUUUCCUGGUAGAGAGGACGGGUCGACGGACGCUCCACAUGUUAGGACUUGGCGGAAUGUGCAUCUGUGCCAUCAUCAUGACCGUGGCUCUUGCUUUACUUGACAGUGUUCCAUGGAUGAGCUACAUCAGCAUGCUUUCUAUCUUUGGUUUUGUGGCCUUCUUUGAGGUUGGCCCAGGUCCCAUCCCCUGGUUCUUUGUAGCUGAGCUGUUCUCUCAAGGUCCAAGGCCAGCUGCCAUGGCUGUGGCAGGCUUUUCCAACUGGACUGCCAACUUUAUUAUUGGCAUGUGCUUCCAGUAUGUCGCUGACCUCUGUGGGCCAUACGUCUUCCUGAUCUUCGCAGCUCUUCUUCUGUUCUUCCUCAUCUUCACAUUUUUCCGGGUACCAGAGACACGGGGCAAGACCUUUGACCAGAUUGCAGCCAAUUUUCACCAGCAUUCAGCUGGAGGGAUGAUGGAUAUGGAUAUGGAUAUGAGCAUAGGCAUGGGUAUGGACAUUGACAAACCCAGCACUGAGAUGGACUACUUGGGGGAGGAUACCAUGAACUGAAGACGCCCCAUGGAACUGAGAAAAAUGGAACUGAGCUCAGCUUGUGAAAAGUUGGG